AUGACGAGCCCCACGCUCGCGCGCAAGGCCAAGCUCAAGAACCACCUCGUCUCCGCCAAGGCCAAGCUCAGGCAGCACCUCACGCUCCGCCGCAUCGUCCUCGUCGUCGCCGCCUCCGCCGCGGCAUUCCUUCUCCUCCUUACACUCCGCACCCUCUCCGCCUCGCACGCCAGAUCGCCAGCAGGCGCCGCCACCUCCCCGCCCGUGUCCGUCCGGCACAACUCGCAGCAGCAGCAGCAGCAGCAGCAGGGCGGGUGCGCGAAGCUGCCGGGCGCCGUCGCCGAGGCGUUGGUCCACUACGCGACGUCCAACGGUACGCUGCCGCAGACGGGUGACGAGCUCGCGGCGACCGCGCGCGUGCUGGCGCAGCGUACGCCGUGCAACCUCCUGGUGUUCGGCGGCCUCGGCCCCGAGAGCGCGUUCUGGGCGGCGCUCAACCUCGGCGGCCGCACCGCCUUCCUCGAGGAGGACGCCGCCUCGAUCGCCGAGGCCGCCGCGCGCCACCCGGGCCUCGCCCUCGAGUCCCACCAGGUCGCGUACCAGACCACUCUCGCCGACGCCGACGAGCUCCUCGGCCUCCGCGGCUCGCCCGACUGCACCGCCUCCCCGCCCAAGGACCAGUCGCUCUUGGCCGACCAUUUCGAGCGCUCUCCGUGCAAGCUCGCCAUGCGUGGGCUGCCGGCUGCGUUCUACGAGACGGAGUGGGACGUGAUCAUCGUGGACGCGCCGGCGGGGUGGGUGCCGGAGGCGCCGGGCAGGGUGGGCGGCGCGAUAUACAUGGCCGGGAUGGCGGCGCGGACGCGCCGGCCGGGGAGCGGCGAGACGGACGUGGUGGUGCACGGCGUGGACAGGACGGUGGAGGACAGCUUCUCCAGGGCGUUCCUGUGCGAAGGGUACAUGAAGGAGGAGGUUGGCAGGCUCAGGCACUUCGCCAUCCCGAGCCACAGGGAAAAGGAUGGGAUGCCAUUUUGCCCCUGAGAAUACUAAGACAUAAACAAACACAUACAUAUACAAAAAUGUAUACUGGUAUGGUUGUAGGAUUUAUAGAACUGAAAAUGUCUGCAACAUUUCAUUUCCAAGGUUCUUGGUUUCAGUUUGUU